UCCCGCUCCCGUCCCCCUCCUCCGCCCGAACAACAUGGCGGGGCUGGGCAGCGGGGAGCGCUGGGCCGAAGCCUUAAUUGACGCGAUCAGAAGGAAUGCAUGCCCAACAGAGGAAAACAGUGAGAGUUCUGACUUCUGUGCUUGCAGUGACUGUAUGAGAGGGAAGAAGGAGAAGUGCAACAAUGAGAGGGGUCAAGCAGGCUCUGGAGAAGCUAGUAUGACUUACACAGAGGAGCAGUUAUAUGGGGUACAAAGAAUAAAGAAGUGUAGCAAUUAUUAUGAAAUUUUGGGAGUUGAGAGAGAUGCCAAUGAGGAGGAUUUGAAGAAAGCUUAUCGAAAACUGGCCCUUAAAUUUCACCCUGACAAGAACUGUGCUCCUGGAGCAACAGACGCUUUUAAAGCAAUAGGCAAUGCUUUUGCCAUUCUGAGCAACCCUGAAAAACGAUUACGAUAUGAUCAAUUUGGGGAUGAGCAAGAGACUUUCAGCACUCCCCGGGCUAGGAAUUAUGAUUAUUACAGGGAAUUUGAAGCAGACAUCACACCAGAAGAAAUAUUCAACAUGUUUUUUGGUGGGCACUUCCCUACAGGAAAUAUUCAUAUGUUUUCAAAUGUAACACCAGACGCCCACUAUUAUCGGCGGCGACACCGAAAUGAGAGAGCCUGGACGCAGGACAAAGAGGAGGAAGAGAACAGGCCUCAGAAUACGUACUCUGCAUUUAUUCAGUUGCUGCCGGUUUUGGUGAUCAUAGUUUUGUCAGUUAUAACUCAGCUGAUGGCCACUAAUCCACCGUACAGCCUGUUCUACAAAUCGUCCAUAGGCCAUACCGUCCCUAGAGAAACACAAAACCUGCAGGUGCCUUAUUAUGUUGAUAAAAACUUUGAAAAUAGUUAUAAAGGAACAGAACUUCAAGAGCUAGAGAAAACCGUUGAAAAGGAUUAUAUAGACUAUAUCCAGACCAGCUGCUGGAAGGAGAAACAACAAAAAUCCGACUUGUCGAAUUUGGCCAGAUUAUACCGAGAUGAGCGAUUAAAACAGAAAGCAGAGUCACUGAAACUUGAGCACUGUGAAAAGCUCUCCAAUCUUAUUGGACUACAGAAGGGGGGCUGAGUAGGCCAGACAAAUGCUGGGUUAUUUAUUGCUGUUUUAACUUGUUUCUAUUUCCCUUUGUAUUUAUUAAAAAAAGAAAAGAAAAAGAGCCUAAUGAAGAGUCUUAAUAAUUGGUAACUUUGUAAUUUUCACCGAACUGGGCAACGCUGAGCCAUAGACACAGUAUUUGCUCUAAUAUACUGUAUAUUCUGUUUGGUUCCAAGGACCAAUGGCAUUCAGUGUAAAUUAACUCCCUAAAAUGUAGCUUAGUGUGGCACCAGUCUUCAUUUGAUAUAGUUUUUCUGCCACCCAAGCAACUUUGUUUGCCAGAAAGGUAUACAUAAUAUCCCAUACACUCUGUAUUUUAUUUGGACAUAGACCACACUCAGUCAUUCAGGCGAUGUAGUUUUCAGUUAUAUGCUGGCAUUCCCAUAGUCAUCUGAAGCUGAUGUCGUUGCAUCCAAAAUGGCUUGUGAAAAAAAAAUUAGAGGGCAUACUCCCUGCUCCAUUCUACUUUCCAGUGCUUAGCUCAAGUAUUCAUCAAGGCCUUGAUUCAGCUAAGUACCUAAGCAUGUACUUAGGUCUCAUUGAAGUCAAUGAGAUUUAAGCAUGUGCUUAAAAUUAAGCAUGUGUUAAGUGCUUUGCUGAAUUUAGAUCCAAACCUGUACUAUUCUUUUAUAAUUAGUGAUGUAAUUAAGAUUGCAAGUAGGAACUUGGAAAUUGUUUGUUCCUGCAAUAGCAUCUCAGUUGCUAACAUUCAUUGCUGUGCACGUGGGAUGCAUUCCUGGAGUCCCUGCUCUUGCCACAAUAUCUCAUUUGAAUUCACCCAUUUAUCCUUUUCUCUCACAUGGAAAACUUGCAAUGAUAACAUUCAUUGUGAAAAUUACAGCUAUUCUUUAGCUAAAUUUGAAGGAUGUCAGUGGACUUAAUUAAGCAAAGGUGUAUCCCAUCUCUUUUGCAAUGAGCGGGAGAAGCUUUUCCACAGCUAACUAAGAAAACCAGCUCAAACUUUGAGAGUUUCAUUGUAAUCAGAAACUUACAAGAGGUGAUAAUUUGUUAAAUUUACAGCAGGAAAGAAAUCUUAGGUGGAUUCUUAUGACUGCCAAGCCACUGGAGAAGAGACUGCAGAUGCAUUUUUCUCAUGUAUUCUAUUCAGUGGCACAGUAUUUUUAUUUUUUAAGCUUAUUGUCUAGUUUGAUUUUAUCUCCAAGCCUUCUCUUUCUUCUUGCUCCAACAGAUUCUGCAUGCAGUUUUUUGAUACAGUUCUUAUUUAACACAUUCUUGCUUUGAUGUGCAAUUGUCAUGCAUGUUUCACUCUAGAGAUUGGAUUUUUUUUUCUUUGUAAUACUAAUUUAUUACUCUCCUGUUUUAUAAUCCUCUUUUAUAAAAUCUUCACUUAAUGGAAGGCAGAGAAAGAGAUGUACUCAUAAGCAGCAGAGAACAAAAUGUUUUUACAAAUAAUCAAGUUACUGGGUGGGUUACUCUAGUGCAGGGCAGCUACUGUGUGCUGCAUUACCAUUAUAAUCUAAUUUAACUGGCCUAGGAACUGUAAGGCUGAUCCUCCAGUGGACUAGAUCUGAUGUAGAGGCUCUUAUGCCACACGACCACCCCGCUGCCAGUGUAGCAGGGAAAAGAGGGCAUGGCCCAGAUGCUUCUGCAGCAUGUCAAUCCUCAGUUGCAUUUUGGCCCCUUGUAACUAUUUCAGCCUGGUGUAAAUUAGAGCAUCCUUUGAGCUGUUCUAACAGUACAAAGAGACCGGCCUGCAUGCAGCUGCAGAAGGAUCAAGGCUGUCCAAAGGUGGGUUUUAAACCACGUAUGCCUACCCCCUUAACGGGACUCUCCGUCUACAAAUUUGUUGAACGGACUCUUCUAGAGGAUGAAAUUGUCUUUUUCCACAGACCAGGUACAUUACAUGUAGUGGUAGAGAAGAUCCCAUCUUCAGCCCGGAUCUAGUGACAAUAGUGACUCUUGUAAUGUGUUGACCCCUCUCCACUAGAACUAAUCCAAUACUCCACCCACUUUUAAACCUCACUAUAGGUAGUGCAGGUAGCCACAGUUUGCCUUUUUUUUUUUUUUAAAUCUAGGAGAUCACAUACAAAAUACUACCUUAGAAUAAUGUUAAGGUUGCAAAGUCAUGGGCUCCAAAGUUAAGAAAUGGCAGAAUUAAGGUUGCCCAUCCAGU